UCGAUACUUGGAUAUCGGUUUUACAUUCUUUUCGUGUCAAAAAUCAGGCUAUCAAGAUGGGUCGUAUGCACGCUCCUGGCAAGGGUAUUUCCCAAUCCGCUCUACCUUAUCGUCGCACAGUGCCAUCAUGGCUGAAGCUGAACUCUGAAGAUGUUAAGGAGCAGAUUAAGAAGUUGGGCAAGAAGGGUUUGACCCCUUCCAAAAUUGGUAUCAUCCUGCGUGACUCCCACGGUGUUGCACAGGUGCGUUUCGUGAAUGGCAACAAAAUUCUGCGCAUCAUGAAAUCGGUGGGUCUGAAGCCCGAUAUCCCAGAAGAUCUGUACCACAUGAUCAAGAAGGCUGUUGCCAUCCGCAAGCAUUUGGAACGCAAUCGCAAGGACAAGGACGGCAAGUUCCGUUUGAUUCUGGUCGAAUCCAGAAUUCACCGCCUGGCCCGCUACUACAAGACAAGGAGCGUUCUGCCACCAAACUGGAAAUACGAAUCGAGCACCGCCUCUGCUCUGGUUGCGUAAGGAACAGCUGCUAUCAAGCCGAACAUGGUAUUCGAUAGUUGUUAGUUUGUUUUGAAAAUAAAUUUUCCUCUUUUACCAUGUACAACAACAAUAAGAAGAAUAUCAAAUAAACACACCCAACCGGAAGAA